AUGGCCGACUACCUUUUGUUCGAGGGCCCUAUGGGUUACUCAAUCUUCAAAGUCGCUCACCAGGGAGACAGCGUUGGAAAUCGCUUGAAGGAAGUUCAAGAUGGUGUGGAUGACCUUGCAAAGUUCGGCAAGAUGGUUGAACUCGCCAGUUUCCUGCCGUUUGAAAACAACAAGCAGGCUCUCAGCGAAAUCAACGAUGUUUCGGAAGGUGUCGCUUCUGACACUCUUAUCAACUUUCUCGAAUUGAACCUUCCAAAGGCCAGCAAAAAGAAGAAGAUCGUUCUCGGACUUGCUGACAAGGCGCUGGCUUCAAGUAUCAAAUCGGCGUUCCCUUUCGUCGAUUGCGAGACUGGAGACACCAGUGAAGUUGUGCAAGAUAUGCUUCGUGGUAUCAGGCUGCAUGCCACUAAGUUGCUAAAGCAGCUCCGUGAGGGUGAUAUGGAUACUGCCCAGCUUGGUCUCGGUCACGCCUACUCCCGCGCUAAGGUCAAGUUCUCCGUUCAGCGUGACGACAACCACAUUAUUCAGGCUAUUGCAAUUUUGGACCAACUCGACAAGGCCAUCAACACUUUCUCUAUGAGAGUGAGAGAGUGGUACUCGUGGCACUUCCCCGAACUUGUCAAGAUCGUUUCGGAUAACCAGCGCUACGCUCAGAUUGCACUCUUUGUCAAGGAUAAAAAGACUCUGACUGAUGAGAGCUUGCACGAUCUUGCUGCUCUUGUGGAGGAUGAUGAAGGUGUUGCACAGAGCAUUAUUGAUGCUGCCAAGCACAGCAUGGGCCAGGAAAUAUCUGAGUCGGACAUGGAGAACGUCAUUGCGUUCGCACAAAGAGUUGUCAGCCUUUCCAAGUACCGCAAGUCGCUGCACGCUUACUUGGUUUCCAAGAUGAGCGUCGUCGCUCCUAACCUUGCUGCGUUGAUCGGAGAGAUCGUUGGCGCUCGUCUGAUUUCGCAUGCCGGAAGCUUGACCAACUUGUCCAAGUAUCCCGCUUCCACCGUGCAGAUUCUCGGCGCGGAGAAGGCUCUUUUCAGAGCUCUGAAGACCAAGGGAAACACGCCCAAGUACGGACUGCUGUACCACUCUUCUUUCAUUGGCCGAGCUGGCCCCAAGAACAAGGGCAGAAUCUCGCGAUUCCUUGCAAACAAGUGCUCUAUCGCUUCCAGAAUCGAUAACUUCUCCGAGGAACCCUCGACCAAGUUCGGUGAAGUCCUGAAGAAGCAGGUUGAAGAACGCCUGGAGUUUUAUGCUUCUGGCGCACCCCCUACUAAGAACGAAGUUGCCAUGAAAUCUGCCAUGGAUGCCGUUCUGGCUGAGAUGGACAUCGACGCUGAUGACAGCGACAAGGAGAUGCAGGACGUCGAUGACAAGGCUGAGAAGAAGGAGAAGAAGGAAAAGAAAGAAAAGAAGGAGAAGAAAGAGAAGAAGGACAAGAGCGAGAAGGAAGAAAAGAAGAAGAAGCGGAAGUCCGACGUUGGCGAAGGCGAAUCCGAGAAGAAGAAGCGCAAGCACGACAGCGAUGCCGAGCCGUCCAAGAAGAAGAAGAAGGUCUAA